CCGCGUUCCUGAGGGAGAAGGACCUGUGCAGCCACAUCUGCUGGAUAUUGCUGAAAAAAUUCAGAGUUCCAAGAAACCAUGAAUAUGCUUUUCAGUUGGGUCUUCUGGAACGAGAAAUCAAUGAUAUACUUCAGCGAUUACAUCAAGAACACACACUCCCAUCAAGAGCAAACGCUCUUUCCAACAAAACAGUACAGAAAGAGGAUGAUGGAUACAUUCAUCAGAAGGAAAUUGAUGAAGAGGAUGUCUGUCCUAUUUGCCAGGAAGAGCUGCUAAAGAAAAUGUUUCCCAUCACUUAUUGCAGGUACAGCUGUGGGAACAAUGUUCAUAUCACUUGUAUGAAGAUUUGGGCUGAUCACCAGGGUGAACUGGAGAAUGACUCUGUGGUGAAGUGUCCCCUCUGUAGAGAAGAAUUUGCACCAUUAAAGCUCAUUUUAGAAGAAUUCAGGAAUUCCACUCAGCUUGUGACUCCAGCAGAGAAAGUGAGACUUGACAGACACCUUGGACUCCCUUGUAACAACUGCAGAAUAUUUCCAAUUGAGGGAAAAUGCUACAAGUGCACUGAAUGUAGUGAAUAUCACCUAUGCCAUGAAUGCUUCACUCGCUUUUGCCAUCCUCCACAUACUUUUACUUUUCGACAGAAGAGAAAUCAGAGGUGGAGGUCACUCAACCAAGUUUCACAAUUAUCACCUUCAGAAGAGAAUUUAAAAAGCAUUAAAAAUCAAGGUGAUAAUUCUGAAGAGAUUUUACAUCUUCAGGAGAAGUCCAGUUGCAUACCAAAGCACAUUGUAAAAUCUUUACCUAUGAUGUUGAUUAGAAAAUGUAGCAACUUUCUUGCUCCAGGUCUACAAUGUAGGCUCUGCUUGAAGACCUUUUGCCUUGGUCAGUAUGCAAGACUCUUGCCAUGUAAUCACAAGUUCCACAGAGAAUGUAUUGACAACUGGUUACUGUACCACACAAAUGCUUGUCCUAUUGAUGGAUAUAUUGUGUAUAAUCCAUUAACCUGGAAGGAUACAUCAGCCAAUCGUGAUGUCAGUCAGUCAGGAUCUCAAACGUAUAGUACAAAACUUGCAAAGCAGAUGGAACCAGAGCUUUUCAUACCUGGCAUUGGGUUGCUCUUCAAGCAAACACUAUUAGGCCAUACACUUGAAAAAUCUCAAGAUAGCAUCCAAAGACUUCAUAAUAAUAAAGAUCCACCACAUUCUCAACAAGGUUUAAUUUUAAAUGGUGUAAGCUACUUUCAUUUAAGAAAUUCUGAUUCUAGUCAGCAUAGCAUUGAUAGAAAUUUAUGUUUACAAUUUUCCAGGCAUGGUAAAGAUUUAGCUCAUCAGCCUUUCCAGAAAAUGCUGUCUCAGAAAUCCUACUCUGUUAUAUCUAGAAAGGAUACAAUUUCUAAUGAUAAAAGAGAUUUAAAUGGACCUUGUACUAAUAAAGAGAAAGGAGCACAAUUGUGCCACACUGACCAU